CAUUCACAAGCGAACGAGAUCAUUAGAAGCCGAUUGAAUCUCCUCUCCCCCGGGAACGGUUCUCACGAGACUCUCCAGGUUCGGUGAGUACGAAACAAGCUGUGCAGAAAUUGGUCUCUGGCGUGCAUUUCGUUCUUUUCCAUUAAAAGUUUAUGGGCUUCAGAUGGUUUGUAUUUGCCUGAGCUUUUGAUGGGCUCUUUUCUGAGGGGAUGGAUCUUGCAAGCAACAAAAGGCAGAAGCAUGGCAAUGAGCAAACUAAUUCACCAGGCACCCAAUUCCAGUCAAGCAUCCUCAGUAAUAAUAGACGUGUCUGUCUUCAGUUUCUUGAGCAAUACAAUGAAUUGAAGUAUGGGAGUGUCACCAAAGGCCUCGAGGCAAUCCAUAUCAAGCGGCGUGAACUUAUUGGCAUCUUAGAAAAGCUACAGCAAGUUCCUAUCCGACUGCCCUAUUCCAGUCCAGUCCUGAAAUCAUCAGAUGCAACAUUAUAUAACUUCGGGCAAAGUGGGAGCAAUUACAGUUCAGCUAAUAUCAUCGACUUGGAUGCAGACGAAGACAAUUUUGGAGAUGAUAACUAUGCUAAUGUGGGGAACACUGGGGCUGAUGCAACAUUUUUAGCAGUCGAUUCUGACAUCGAGGAUGGGGUACAAUCCUUUGGAGGUGAGAAUUCACCUUCUAAGCAACAUGAAAAUUUUAUCCAACAGCAGUUGCUGCCUGAGCAGCCUGUUGAACAUCAAGAAAUCAUCAUUCUGGAUAAUGUGAAUAGCAGUACUGAACCACAAGUUUCAGUUAAGCGAGGAAAGGACAUCAUGGAUCCUGACAAUGUUUCUGAUAAGCCCAACAAGAUUGCUCUAUUUGAUAGUGACAGUACUUCGGUGCAGCAGUCAUUGAUCAAGCAAGGACAUGGCCAUAUUAAAACUACUAAUGAGCAGAGUCAUCAUAAGGAGAAAGGAAAGAUUGAAAAAACCAUAGAGAAAGAUAUUGAUUCUUAUGAAGUAUCUAGUGAAGUUGUACAAACUGAACCACAAAGCAACGGUAUUAAUCACCAUGACAAAGGCAGCCCGGUUGAUGAGCUGGAAGAUCUUUGGAGGGACAUGUCAGUUGCAUUGGCAUGUUCAAAGACCAUUGGAAGUAAUCAGAGUAUUGUUCCAUCAGAGAAAAACACUUGUGAGGAAAUGGAGGAUGCAUGUAAUCAUGACUUCUUAAUGAAAGAUGAUUUGGGCAUUGUGUGCCGUGUUUGUGGUCUCAUCGAGCAGCGCAUUGAGAAUACUUUUGAGUACUCAUGGAAAAAGCGCAAGCAAUCUUACAAAACAUACCCCUCAGAACAUAGAAACUCUAGUGAUCCGGAUGCAACUGGCAAUCCUUCAGCAAUGGUUCUCAAAGUUGUCCCUGAUACUCUGUCAAUCCACCCUCAACAUUCACAACAUAUGAAACCUCACCAGAUGGAAGGUUUCAAUUUCUUGAUCAAGAACUUGGCAGAUGAGAACAAUCCAGGAGGGUGUAUUCUAGCACACGCGCCUGGUUCUGGGAAGACCUUUAUGCUCAUCAGUUUCGUCCACAGCUUCCUGAACCGGUACCCUGCUGGGAGGCCAUUGAUUGUGCUUCCAAGGGGUAUUCUGGGAACAUGGAAAAGCGAAUUUCUCCGUUGGCAAGUUGAGAACAUUCCUUUGUAUGACUUCUACUCCUCCAAAGCUAAUAACCGGUCUGAGCAGCUCAAAGUUUUGAAAUUGUGGGAAGAAUACAGAAGCAUAUUGCUGAUCGGUUAUCAGAAAUUUGAACACAUAGUUUCUGAUGACUCUUCUGAUAGUGAAGCCAUAAUGUGCAGAGAGAAGCUGCUGAAGGUCCCUAGCCUUGUAAUUCUAGAUGAAGGCCACACCUCGAGAAAUGACCAAACAGAACUGCUCAGUGCACUUGAAACUAUUCAAACUCCUCGAAAAGUGGUGCUCUCAGGAACCUUGUUUCAGAACCAUGUAAGUGAGGUUUUCAACAUUUUGAACCUUGUCCGACCCAAAUUCUUGAAGAUGCAGAAAUCUCGUGCAAUCAUGAAGCGUAUACUAACUAAGGUGGACAUGCUAGGGAAGAGUGUACGAGCAAAAAACAUCUCAGAAAAGGUCUUCUAUGAAUUGAUUGAAGAGAACCUUCAGAAGGAUUCGAAAACAAUGAAAGUGAUGAUUAUCCAGAAUCUACGCGAGCUAACUAAGAAUGUGCUCCACUAUUACCAAGGUGAGAUCUUGAAGGAGCUACCUGGACUUGUGGAUUUCACAGUUUUGCUAAAUAUGAGUACCAAACAGGACAAUAUCAUCAAGGGUUUGGUAGGAACAAAUAAAUUUGAAGCACAUGCAAAAUGCAAUGCUGUUUCUCUUCAUCCAUGCUUAAAGGAUGUCAAGAAUGUUGAUAAGAAAAAUAGAAACAUCAGCAAAAGGAAGAUGGAAUUAAUCAUACGUGGAAUCGAUAUCAAUGAUGGGGUGAAGGCAAAGUUCAUAUACAAUCUGUUGUCUCUUUCGGAAGCUGCGGGAGAGAAGGUACUCGUGUUCAGCCAGUAUGUGCGCUCUCUUGAUUUCUUGGAAACGCUGGUCACCAAAAUGAAAGGAUGGAAAUCAGGAGUUAACACUUUCCAGAUGAAUGGUGGUUUAACUAAUGAUCAGCGAGAGCAAGCAGUCGAGAGAUUCAACAACUCACCAGACGCUAAAGUCUUCUUCGGUUCCAUCAAGGCGUGCGGGGAGGGGAUCUCCCUCGUUGGAGCAUCACGUGUUGUCAUUUUGGAUGUCCAUGAGAAUCCUGCUGUGAUGCGCCAGGCGAUCGGACGGGCAUUCAGACCAGGGCAGUCUAAAAUGGUGUACUGUUACCGCCUCGUCGCCGCUGGCUCACUGGAGGAGGAGCAUCACAACACGGCCUUCAAGAAAGAGCGGGUGUCAAAGCUGUGGUUCGAGUGGAAUGAGCUUAGCAGCAAUGAGGAUUUUGAGCUCGCCGAGGUGGAUGUUUCUGGCACCGAGGACAGAUUUCUGGAAAGCCCUGCACUGCGAGAAGAUAUCAAAUCCCUAUUGAAAAGGUGAAUGCAUGCGUUGCUGAUAAGUGGCACGGUACAAUUGACUAGUCCAGAUUCAGGUGCUGAGAAAAGGAACUGAAUCAAGUAUUUGUGCCUCUUUGCAGUUUUUACCUGAUCGAGUGCAGUAUGUUAUGAAGUAGUAAAAAUAUCUAGUAGUAGAACCAUUAACUCUCUCAAUGUAAAUUGCUGCUGCUUUUGGGUGGUUGACCUCUUGUGUGUUCCCAUGAAAUGUGACGAU